UGACACCGGCCCCCUUUUUCAGUACCAAGGACAGAUCCAUUUCUUUGCAGCACCUGACUCUUCAAGGGCUUCGACUUGUUGACUUCUUUCGGGAUACAUGCAUUCUGAGGCAACGCCAUCAGACUACUAACCACAGAAAAGUUGUACUUUUAAUGAGUUGUUCCUGACCUGCUGGAUGCGCAGACUGUGAAGUUUAAAAUUUCUCUGGAUUCUAAAACCCUUUGUGUGUUUCAGGUGCAAAGCAAGGCAAACAAACAUGGAUGUUCUCCCACUUGAAGACCAGAGCAACAUUCAGGCAUAAGAGGAACGACGAGACACGGCAAUCAGUAAUCAGGCCCUCGCCCACUCAAGUAGACCGAGCAUGGCAGCGUGGAGCGAAGAGAACCUCUCUGGACCGCACAGGUCAUCGUCCAGGGCCCCCCGCCGGUGGCUCCUCCAGCUCCUGCUCCUCGUCCUGGUCCUGCUGGUCCGCGACGCGCUGUCCAGCCCCAGGCUCACCCCGGCCGAGGCCGGCAGCGCCAAGCGGGAGAUCAUCAUCAAGGGCGACGUGGUGAUCGGCGCCCUGUUCCCGGUGCACGAGAAGGGCGACGGCGCGGAGGACUGCGGCAAGAUCAACGAGCACCGCGGCAUCCAGCGGCUGGAGGCCAUGCUGCUGGCGCUGGACGAGAUCAACCAGGACAGCCGGCUGCUGCCGGGCCUGACGCUGGGCGCCCACAUCCUGGACACCUGCUCCAAGGACACCUACGCGCUGGAGCAGUCGCUGGAGUUCGUGCGCGCCUCGCUCACCAAGGUGCACGAGACCGGCUUCAUCUGCCCCGACGGCACCUCGCCGCAGAAGGACGACAUCCUGGCCAUCUCCGGCGUCAUCGGAGGCUCCUACAGCGACGUCUCCAUCCAGGUGGCCAACUUGCUUCGUCUCUUCCAGAUCCCCCAGAUCAGCUACGCGUCCACGAGCGCAAAGCUGAGCGACAAAUCCCGCUACGACUACUUCGCCCGCACCGUUCCGCCCGACUUCUACCAGGCCAAGGCCAUGGCGGAGAUCCUGCGCUACUUCAACUGGACCUACGUGUCCACGGUGGCGUCCGAGGGCGACUACGGCGAGACGGGCAUCGACGCCUUCCAGCAGGAGGCGCGGGCGCUGCAGAUCUGCAUCGCCACCUCGGUGAAGGUGAGCCGCUCCAUGAACCGCUACAGCUACGAGAACGUGAUCCGCUCGCUGCAGCACAAGGCCAACGCCAAGGUGGUGAUCCUGUUCACGCGCAGCGAGGACGCCCGCGAGCUGCUGGUGGCGGCGGCGCGCAUGAACGCCACCUUCGUGUGGGUGGCGAGCGACGGCUGGGGCGCGCAGGACAGCGUGGUGCGCGGCACCGAGACCACGGCCGACGGCGCCUUCACCAUCGAGCUGGCGUCCUACAACAUCCGCGAGUUCAAGGACUACUUCACCAAGCUCACGCCGCACGGCAACCAGCGCAACCCCUGGUUCCGGGAGUUCUGGGAGCACCGCUUCGGCUGCCGGCUGACCGAGCCGGGCUGCGCCAUACGGAGCCUGCGCGACGGCGCCUUCCAGCAGGAGUCCAAGAUCAUGUUCGUGGUCAACGCCGUGUACGCCAUGGCCCACGCGCUGCACAACAUGCGCCAGGCCGUCUGCCCCAACACCACCGGACUGUGCGACGCCAUGAAGCCCGGCACCGGCAAGAGGUUCUACCGGGAUUUCAUCCUCAAGACCAAGUUUGACGCCCCGUUCAGACCAGCUGACAACGACAACGUAGUCCGCUUCACCUCCACCGGAGACAGCCUGGGCCGCUACAACAUCUUCCACUACCACAUGGAGGACGGCAAGUACGUCUACCGCAAGGUGGGCUACUGGGCGCAGAACCUGGUGCUGAACACCAGCCAGGUGCCGUGGGCCAACGGCGCCAUCCCCACCUCGCAGUGCAGCGACCCGUGCCAGCCCAACGAGGCCAAGAGCAUGCAGCCGGGCGACGUCUGCUGCUGGAUCUGCAUCCCGUGCCAGGCUCACCAGUACCUGCUGGACGAGUUCACCUGCGAGGACUGCGGCUUCGGCGAGUGGCCGCUGGCCAACCUGACCGGCUGCUUCGAGCUGCCCGAGGAGUACAUCCGCUGGUCGGACGCCUGGGCCGUCGGGCCGGUGACCAUCUCGUGCUUCGGCAUGCUGUGCACGCUGGCGGUGGCCGUGGUGUUCCUGCGGCACAACGACACGCCGGUGGUGAAGGCGUCGGGCCGCGAGCUCUCCUACAUCCUGCUGCUGGGCGUGUGGCUGUGCUACGCCGUCACCUUCAUCUACAUCGCCAAGCCGUCGGCGGCCGUGUGCACGCUGCGGCGCCUGGGCCUGGGCACGUCCUUCGCCGUCUGCUACUCGGCGCUGCUCACCAAGACCAACCGCAUCGCGCGCAUCUUCGGCGGCGUGCGCGAGGCCGGCGCCCAGCGCCCGCGCUUCAUCAGCCCCGCCUCGCAGGUGGCCAUCUGCGCCGCGCUCAUCUCCUGCCAGCUGGCGGUGGCGACGGGCUGGCUGCUGGUGGAGGCGCCCGGCGUGCGCAAGGAGGUGGCGCCCGAGCGCCGCGACGUGGUCACGCUCAAGUGCAACAGCAAGGACUCCAGCAUGCUGGCCUCGCUGGCCUACAACUGCGUGCUCAUCGGCCUGUGCACCGUCUACGCCUUCAAGACGCGCAAGUGCCCCGAGAACUUCAACGAGGCCAAGUUCAUCGGCUUCACCAUGUACACCACCUGCAUCAUCUGGCUGGCCUUCCAGCCCAUCUUCUACGUCACCGCCAGCGACUACAGGGUGCAGACCACCACCAUGUGCAUCUCAGUCAGCCUGAGUGGCUCCGUGGUGCUGGGCUGCCUCUUCGCCCCCAAGGUCCACAUCAUCCUCUUCCAGCCGCAGAAGAACGUCGCCAGCAUUAGGUCUAAGGUCAUCAAGGUCAACACCGCUGGCUCCAACUACUCCCAAGCUUCAGCCCCCACCCCUGUGCCGACCGUCUGUAACGGGAGGGAAGUAGUGGACUCCACCACAUCUUCCCUGUGAGCCAGAGAGGAGGACAAGGUGGCGUGCGCACACAAACACACACACACACACACACGCACACACACACACACACACACACACACACACACACAUACACACACACACAACAACAACAACAACAACAACAACAACAACAACCGUCUUCUGAUGGCCUGCUGUGCGGAUGCAUGUGGAAGCCUGAAGUCUGGAGACACCCUGUGUUUUUGGAGGGCGCCGAGCAUAAUCUCUGAGCUCAUCACUCUCUCUCUCUUUCUCUAAAAGACUUGCACGCCAGAAUAAAGCUAUGGAGACAGCUAGCCUGUCGCUACUAAGUAGGCUACUAAGACAGCAGCUAUCAAUGUGACUAUAAUGGACUAAAUAAUAAGGUACAGCCCUAACAUGUGUAGUUUUGACAUGUACUUUUUUUUGUGAAACACUGGGUUACACAAACUUGAAAAAAAAAAAAAGAAUAUACAGUGAAAAAAGAAAACACUAUUUAGGUUGUUUAUAGAUUCCGCUGGCUUGAUGUAAACAGUCUUAUCCUAUGAAGAGGCAUGCAGUGGUGUAGUGCUGUGUUGGCUAGGCAUUUAGCUAACCAUGUGGACCGCUCCUGUCAUUGUUAUAUUAUUACUUAGCAUCCUGUAUCGCCAUAGAACUUUCCAUGUCACAUCUCCUGUGGUCAUUGCAAAGGCUCUAGUGCUGUAGGAGUCUCUGUAGUGGUGUAGAUUAACAACAGAGUUUUUGGGGCUCUGGUUGAAACGAAGCUGCCAUGUGAGGAGGACGCCCUACGGAGUGAGGGCAGGGGUGGACGUGUCCCCCAGGCCCCCCCCGUCCCCACACACACACAACGUAUCCCUCAAUGGGUGCUCCCUCCCAAAGUGCUGUGAAUCAAAUGACCUUUUGUCUCUUCCUGUUGAAUUAAUGUAGACCAGAGGAAAUUAAAACUAUAUCCAACAGUAGGCUGUUUUUCUUCUUUUGACAAAGUUAAAUGAAAUAUGGAGGUUACUUGUGUUUUUUUUUUCAAGUGUAGGCUAUAUAAUGUUUCAGCAUAGAGUUCAGUGAUUAAGUCAGUGCUUUUCUUGUAAUUUAAAUUGUAAAUAAACUUUUUUAAGUGAA